CUUCUUCCAGUCUUGGCACCGGAGCGCGACGCACCACGACGGAGCAAAGCGGGACCAGGAGCGCGCCAUGAACACCUCACAUUAUUUAGACAAUAUUUCUGACUAAGUAAGGAGCCUGUUUUCCAGCCUCCACAAUGAUCGCCACCGGUGGCCUGCUGCGCAUGAACAGGCGGCAGGAUUCUCUCCGCUCCAAAAAUCGUGCUGAAAACAAGAGAAAACGGAAAUCCAAAAAGAAGAAGAAGAACGAUGUGGUGAUUGUGAAAGGAAAACUCAAUCUCUGCUCACCAGCUGGUUUGGUGGCUGCUGUUGGAGUCGUAAUCCUCAUGGUUGGGAUUUCCAUGGCCGUGCUGGGUUACUGGCCCAGCCAGAGUCAGCAACAGUACCAGGAACGUCGCAGGACUGGUGCAUUCUACAACAGCAAGAUGAGCUACUCCAGAAGCCCGCAGUCUAACUUGACCCAUGAAAAUCAUUCAACCCGGCAAACAACCAUGUCGAACCACAGCCAUUCCAACAGCAGCGUCCCGAAGCCCGCUCACCGCUGUGGCAUCCUCUGUGACUUCCUGGAUAAUUACCUUUACUCAGACAAUCUGAAAGUCUUCGGACCCCUGGUAAUGGGGAUCGGUAUUUUCCUCUUCAUCUGUGCCAACGCCGUCCUCCAUGAAAACCGAGAUAAGAAAACCAAAAUCAUUAAUUUGAGAGACAUCUAUUCCACAGUGAUUGAUCUGCAUAGCAUACGCUCUAAGGAGUACUCACCUCUGAACGGCCUGGUGAACUACACUCAGUCGAGGAGCGUCGAGGGCCCGUCUGCUUCAUUCCCUGCAAGUGGGGCCCACACUCGUAGCUCCUGGCCUUCCACCGGACUCCACCUGAAGGGGGAGUUAGACACUAAUGAGAUGUUUAGACGCUCCUCACUGGCCGGCAGGCCACGUAGUUUUUCCAGAGAUGUGCAGAGCUUUACAGAUACUGUCUACAGCAUCUAUAAGGACUACAGCAGCAGUAGCGAGCAGGCCCCACAGCCUCGGGAGUGGGAGACCACCUCCAUCGUCACCUCCUCUGUGAACGCUUUCACGCUCCCAGUGAUCAAACUAAAUAACUGUGAGGUAGAGGAGUCAGAGAGACCGGAGGCAGAGGGGCGCUCAGAGAAGGAGGUUAUUAUUGAGGCUGCUGCCCAGAACAUCAGGGAGGAAGGACAUGGCGGCAGCAGCCAUUGUGUGGAGAUGGACGGUAUGCAAAGGGAAUCAGCAGAGACGAACACCCCACCUCCCCAUCAGAGUCAGGAGGACAUAAGCAUAGAGACAGGUAAUCAACAGGGGGCGCAGCAGUCUCAGCCUCAUGCACAUUGGACCCAGCUGUUUCCUCCAGAGCCUGUUUCCACGGCAACAAGCUCAAAUACGUCGCUGAACUCUUUUGCAGAGCAGCCAAGGCUGGUCCGUCGCUGCAGCCUGUCUGUGUCUGGGGGACGUCAAAGUGACAGAGCGAGGCGUUUCAGCUGCCCCCGACUGGAACGCUCAAACAGCAAGGGCUACAUCAAACUGAGCGACCUCGGAGGCGAGUCCUUCGAAGCCCCUGACACGCACACCUCUUCUGUGGCUGCUGAUCAGGCAGCGGAAAUGGAUGCAACAGCAGUGAAAGAGGAAGGAGCUCAGGGAGGGGAAGAUUCAGUGAUAGCCAGCACUUCAGCAACACAACCCUAGGUGUUUCUUUUUCAGCUCACGGGCCUCCAAAAUGUCUCUGUGGUGUUGUUCUUUUGCUUCGUUCCUUCUUCUGCAGUAAGUGACGAGUAUGUAAUGAUUACAGAGAAAAUCACACACAAACACUUAACUGCUAAGGACUAUUGAAACAUAGCCAUGGACACUAGAGGGUGACACUCUUUAUUAAAACAACACCCACUGCUCAAUGUUCAGAUGUAACUUUUCUAUUUUUGUUUUCAAUGUAGCAAGAGCAAUAUUAAAGACUUUAAAGGAG